AUGGAGAACGGAGCAUCAACGAAAUGGCGUUUUGAAGAAAACAAAGACUACAACUACAACUCCAACACAAACACCAAAACGGCAGCCACCUUAACCGUUCGAGCUCUACUCAACACUUUACUCGAUAAUCUUAACCAAAACGACACAAGACCCGUCAUUCCUUUGGGCCAUGGCGACCCCUCUGCCUUCCCCUGCUUUCGAACAACUUCUGUGGCUGUAGACGCCAUCGUUGAUGCUGUCCGCUCCGCCUACUACAAUUCCUAUUCACCUACUGUUGGUAUUCUCCCUGCCAGAAGGGCUAUUGCAGAUUAUUUGAAUCGUCACCUCCCAUACAAGUUAUCACCAGAUGAUGUUUAUCUUACACUUGGAUGCACACAAGCAAUUGAAGUCACUGUAAGUGUCCUUGCCCGCCCCGGUGCCAACAUUUUGCUUCCGAGGCCUGGCUACCCAUACUAUGAAGCUCAUGCAAAACAUAGCCAUCUCGAAGUUCGCCAUUUUGAUCUUCUCCCAGAAAAGGGUUGGGAGGUUGAUCUUGAUGCAGUGGAAGCUCUUGCUGAUGAGAAUACUCUUGCCUUGGUUAUCAUAAACCCUGGCAAUCCUUGUGGAAAUGUCUAUUCUUACCAACAUUUGCAGAAGAUUGCAGAGACAGCAAGAAAGCUUGGGAUUAUGGUAAUUGCUGAUGAAGUUUAUGCACAUCUCUCAUUUGGAAAUAACCCUUUUGUUCCAAUGGGAGUGUUUGGAUCAAUUGCACCUGUCUUUACACUUGGAUCUAUAUCCAAGAGAUGGAUAGUUCCUGGUUGGCGGCUAGGUUGGAUUGUGACAAGUGAUCCCAAUGGCAUCUUUCAAAAGCUGGGGAUUGUUGAUUCAAUUAAGGACUCUCUCAAUAUCUCCUCUGAUCCUGCAACCUUCAUUCAGGGAGCGGUUCCUCAAAUCCUUGAGAAUACAAAGGAGGAUUUCUUUUCAAAAACCCUUGACAUACUAAGGGAGACUGCAGACAUAUGCUAUGAUAGAAUUAAGGAGAUACCAUGCAUAACGUGCCCAAACAAACCUGACGGAUCCAUGUUUUUAAUGGUGAAGCUGAAUACGUCACUGUUGGAAGACAUUAGCGAUGACAUGGAAUUCGCUCUCAAGCUUUCUAAAGAGGAAUCAGUCAUUGUUUUACCCGGGAUAGCAGUUGGAAUGAAAAAUUGGCUUCGUGUAACUUUUGCCAUUGAACCUACCGCCCUUGAAGACGGCCUUGGGAGGAUAAAAGCCUUCUAUAACAGGCAUGCCAAGAAGCAAUAA